UACAUUAUACUCUCUCUCUAUAUAUAUAUAUAUGCAACGGCACCUUUCUUGAUACAAGUGAAUAUUUUUCCUUAGAAGUGUUACUUCUGUAUUAUUACACAUAGCAAAUCAUUGAUCAAAAUGGAAGAUGCCAUCAAGCCUCUUCAAACAAACAUUUCUAGCACCCUAUUUAAGAGAUGUGGUGGCACCAACAAGAGAACACUCAAAGGCAGUGGUGGUGGUGGUGCUGCUGGAACCAUGAGAUACCGUGGUGUUCGUCGCCGUCCUUGGGGCCGGUACGCGGUGGAGAUUCGCGACCCUAAGUCCAAAGAGAGGAAGUGGUUAGGAACUUUUGACACAGCUGAGGAAGCAACUUGUGCCUAUGAUUGUGCUGCUCGAGCCAUGCGUAGUCUUAAAGCAAGAACUAACUUUGUUUCUCCUCCUCAUAGUUUUCUAAAUACUCCUUUCUUAAACUAUACUUCUACUAAAACAGUUAAUCAUCAUCAUCAUCACCAGCUAUCACUUAAGGACUUACCGAUCAGACAGUUCUUUCAGUCAAGUCCCCCCAAUUCAUCAGGUGGGGACUUCUUUGGGACGAACGCAACAGACAACAAUAUACCUAGUGUGAUCCCACAAGUGGAGUCUGGGAAGAGUACAGUGUACGCAGAGAAAAGCAAUAAUUAUUUGAACAUGUUUCUCUUUCAUGAAAUUCUCAACUCCUCCUCGAAGUCGUCCCUUUCUUCAAACACUGAUUUGAACAACAAUUAUGCCCCUUGUGAUGAACAACUUCCUCUCAUGUUUAAUGGAUGUAGCACAGAUUCUUCAACGGCGAAUAUCACCUUCACGGGAUCUUCGUCAUCUUAUAAUUAUAUGGUGAAUCAUGAGACAUGUUCAACGAAUCCAAUAGCUACAAGCAACCCUAUCUUUAGCUUUCCUUUAGCUGAUUCGGGCUUGGAUUCCUUUCCUAUAGUUCCUUCUGAUUCGGGCUUUUUGGAACAGGCUUUAAAUGGCUUCUUCCCAAAGCCCAUGCCUUUCAAGUCUGAGCUAUUGCAAGCAAACGAGGACGUGCAGAAGAGCGUUGUUGGCCAUCACACAGACCGUUUAGGUUUAAGUAUUGAUGAAUAUGGAGAUGGAAUUUCAAGUCAUCCGGAGAAGUUAGAGGCCGAUUCCAACAAUGGGUUUGAAUAUACUCAGCUAUCAUCGCAGCCAAUUGAUCAUCAAGACUUUCCGGACAAUACGUUGGGAGACAUGAGUUUUCACUACUCAGAUCUUCUAAAUGUAUUAGCAGCUAACAUGAAAAAUUCUUGAACUUUAAUUUACUUCGCAUGCAGGGAGUAGAUCUAAGAUAUAUAGUACGUACUAGUUCGAUUGUUCUUAGUGGGUAUGAUUUUUUUCCUUUGUGAUAAGAAUCAUAGUCUCUGGAUGUUUGCAGUUUUUAGGGAAGAAACAAAUUUAAUUGUCUGAUCAAGUUGUGUGUAUUGCAAUUAACUGAAAUCUGAUUGU